CUUCUGCGCCUGGCAGUUCUAGGGAACCGUAUGACCAGCCGGAAUUCAGCAUCGAACCCGUUAUCACUCACUCAGCUUUCCAUUAUAUCAGAUUGCAUUAUUCUUACGAGUCUACGGAGUGUAUAGCUAUAUACUGCAGUAUAUGCGGCCGCCUUACGCUGGACUCCAUUGCCUGCGUCGCAAUCGCAACCGCUGCUGCCGCACCAUGAUCUAGCAGCCAGGCUGUGGCAAGAAGAUCCACGACUUUGAGAGGUAGCGACGCCGCAUUCAACGGUCUUCCUCUUUGUCGACAUCGUCGUAUUACACAAUGGAAGGGCCCGCACGAGACCAGUCCGUCGAGUCUGAGCCUGUUGACGUUGGAGUCCCCCAGUCACUGGCCAGAGCUGUCCUGACUCGUCGCUCCGAAUAUCUUCGCCCGAGCACGAUCCGCAUCAAAGUGGGCACUUGGAAUGUGGCGGCGUGCACAGGAACCGAUAAGGACCUUGCGAGCUGGUUUACCGAAGAAUUCGAAACUGGCGAAGCCAUCUCCAGACUCGACAUCUCAGGAGAUGGCCCCUCGCAGCGUCCAGCCGAGCCGGACGACAAAGACCAUAGGCCAGUAGAAUUGGAGAGUGGUGAGGGCUUUGAUCUCUAUGUUCUGGGACUGCAAGAGGUGGUGGACCUUAGUCGGACUGGAGAGUACAUGAGCCGAAUAUACGUCGACAAUGGGCCCCUGGAAAAAUGGACUGCCGCGGCGGAAGCGGCAAUACCUCGAGGAUACCAGCUGGUCGUAUCCGAGCAAAUGACGGGGCUGCUGCUCUUGGUUUACGCCUCUCCCGCGAUUGCUCCCACCAUCAGCAAUGUUUCCACUCGGCAGGUCGGAACAGGCCUCCUCGGCUACUUUGGGAACAAAGGGGCUGUAGCAACGCGCAUCGUAUUGGGAGAAACUACAAAGCUCCUCUUUGUCAAUUGCCAUCUCGCUAGUGGCGCAGAUGCAGCAUCGCUUGACAGACGGUGCUGGGAUGUAGGGCAGAUCGUAUCCAAGACGCAAUUCGACCCGGUGGUGAUUAGUGGCGUGUCUGAUGAUGACGGAGACAGGAUUGGGGACGAAGACUAUGCAUUCUGGUUUGGAGAUUUGAAUUUCCGCCUAGACGGCCUUCCAGGAGACGAUAUCAGAAGGCUCCUAACGUUACAUGCUCGAGGGGAGUACGAUCUGAGCAACGACAAGACCCCGGUGCCUAUAGAAGGCGGCGAUGGAAUUAUAGUCACGAGGACAUCUGAAAGCGAUGAUGAGACAACCACAAUGUCGUCACUACAUUCUCAAGACCACAGCUUUGAUCAGAGUUUUGAUUCAUCCAGUUCGCUGCCGGAUCCAGAUGACUUCGAAGAUGACUUCCCAGACGAUCCUAGCCAAGAUCCAGCAUCUCUUCAAGCAACCAUCGAUUCACUGUUACCGCAUGACCAGCUGAGGCGAGUCAUCGCAAAACAGAAACUGUUCCAUGACGGGUGGAGAGAAGGACCCAUCUCAUUUUUACCAACUUUUAAAUACGACGUCGGUACAUUCGGCUUAUUCGAUACGAGCGAGAAGCAGAGGGCGCCAAGCUGGUGCGAUCGAAUCCUUUACAGAACCCGCAAGGACAGAGAGGUGCAUGAGAAGAAAUUACAGGAUUUGAGAGAGGCCAAACGGAAAGACGAAGAGAUGAGAGCAAGAGGGAUUGAAGAGGAUGAUGAUGUUCUCUUCAGCUACGAUCCUGACACUGAUGGAGAAGACCUGCCUCCAAAGGCUGCCACCGCUGAUGAUAAGGCAUAUGAUGAAUACGACGAAUACGAUGAAAAUGAUGAUGGGGAGGCAUUCGAUGAUGGUUCACAAGACAACAUCUCUCUAGAGUUUUACAACUCGUUCCAGCGAGUCACAUCUUCGGACCACAAGCCGGUUGUUUCCACUUUUACUCUCAACUACGACACUGUUGACCCAGAAAAGAAGGCACAGAUCCAUGCAGAGAUUGCUUUUGAGCUGGACCGAGCCGAGAACGAAGGUCGGCCUGGCGUUACUCUCAUCGUAGAAGGCGGCCACGGCCAGACAGAUGGCGCUGUUGACUUUGGCGAAGUAGGGUUUUUCGAGACGCAUUCUUGCCUCAUAACCAUUGCCAAUACUAGCAGUGCUGCAGCCAGCCUCGAGUUCCUCAACGAAGCGCAGUCCAAUGAGGAGGAAUCAAAUGCAGCAAAAUGGUUAAAGACGUCGUUCCACCGGCCUGACGAUGAUGGACACAAGGCCACGCUAGGACCGUCAGUGACCCUUGAACCUGGCGAGACAGUAAUGGCCGUCAUUGAGGCUCGAGUUUCGGAGAUCUCACAUGUUCGGGCGCUAAAUGACGCCAGCUGCAAGCUUGAUGAGGUGUUGGUAUUGCGUGUCGAGGGUGGGAAAGACCACUUUGUGCCGGUACACGGAACGUGGCUCCCAAGUUGUUUUGGAAGAUCGAUCGAUGAGCUUAUUCGAGUACCGGAAUACGGAAUCAGAAAGUUCAUCAAAGAUAACAAUAUUCAAGGGACCAUCACGUACGACUGGGACGUGCACUGCUCCGCGCCACGAGAACUAUUCAAGCUUACCGAAGCCAUACAAACCAUGGCUGAGCGAUGUGUAGCCGACGAAGCGAUGCUUGAGGAACUGACCAUCCCGGGGGAUCCUGGCUGGCCAUUAGACCCUUCGACCUGGACGGUGGAAGCCACCAAACAAGAUACUUUGAAAGCAGCAUUGAUAUCAGCCCUAGACAGCCAUUCGCCUCUAGCAGACGCUCUGCCCGUGGAGCUCUUGUCAACACAAAAGCUGGAGAUUUACUCUUCCGUCUUGCUUUUGUUCCUCGCGUCUCUAAUGGACGGACUCAUCCCACCGCACCUUUGGGCCAAGCUCUCAAUAGAAUUGCCCAAUCUUACGUCGACACCUGUAAACGCAUGGCCCGAUGUGAAGAACCACAUUCUGGACUCGCUUUCAACUUCCCCAUCCCACAAUAUUGCAUUUGUGUUUCUGACGGCGACCCUUGCCCGUGUGGUGGCUGAACUAAGUCCGGCCACCCAGCCGCCGCCUGUUCGUGGGGCGCUGACCCGACGAUUGAGUUUCCGCCCUAAUGAAACUGAGGCAGCUAGAAAGAGAAGGACGCGGGAGAGGAGAUACGCCGAAUUAGUGAGCCCACUGCUGUUCCGGACGAGCGACGACAAGGACAGAGCGAAAAGGGAUCGAGAGCGAGUCGUCCUGGAAAUGUUCUUGAAGAAAGAUGAUCGGAGCUAGACGCUCAAUAGAAGGAGGCUAGCCUGGAAGAAGAUGAAAUGGUGUUGAACGCUUGGAUUGGAAACUUUUAGAAGUUGAAGGAUUUUUACUCGAGAUGAGCUAUGAUGAUUAACGUUAUUGGUAGCUGGAGAAAGUUUUUGUGGAGAGAUGAUUUGCGUUGAGUUGGGUCUUUUGUGGGCUCUGGGCAUGCUAGCGAAAUAUUGGGAGUGCUUGGUGUUUAUUCUUCAUGUUGAUACCCUGCUGAUGAAGCUGGGGAGUUUUAUUUAUAUAGAAUGAGUGUUUUGUGAAUAGCCUUUAUAUGGCAAGUCUAGGAUCAUUAAUGGCUUCAUGUUCAUUUCAACAGCCA